CAACCACGGAAGAGGUGAUGCCAGUUUAUAAAAGUGGGAACUGUCCCUGGCUUUCAGACUCCAACUUCCUCUGUCAAGAUGUGGCACCUCAAACUCUGUGCAGUGCUCAUGAUCUGCCUGCUGCUCUUGGGCCUGGUAGAAGGUUCCCCAAUACCAGAACUGAGUUCAGCAAAGAGAAGGCUACGAAGAAUGACCCCAUUUUGGAGAGGGGUUUCCCUCAGGCCCAUUGGAGCCUCCUGCCGGGACGAUUCUGAGUGUAUCACAAGGCUAUGCAGAAAAAGACGCUGUUCCCUAACUGUGGUGCAGGAAUGAUGUACAUACCAGAGGAAGAAAAGGACAGCAAGGCACUUGCAACAAUGCUCCGUUCUAUGGAAUAUUGACUAACUGCAUGUUUGUUGGAGACCCAAAAGUGAAGCAUUCUUGUGUUUUUAAUAUUUAAAGACAAAUAUAUGCUUUAAAUUAGUCUCCAUUUCGUCUUAGAAUGUUAUGUGGUAAGCAUAACUAAACUUAUCAAUUUAGAGUUUUUCUAUGGAUAUUAUUAAAUAUCUCAAAUUGAAAUUUUAGCAGUCUGGAAUUCAAGCUUUUGAGGGGAAGGAUUCACUCUGUAUACUAUAGAAAAAACCAGCAUUACAUAAUAAUGCUGUGUUGUUAAAUUCUCAAUCUGGAAAAGUGUGGUGAGAGUUAGUUUAGCUACGGCUAUGCAAUUAUAGCCUUGGCAAGUUCCUAAGAUGGGCUAGGUCGCCCACAUGCCACCUAAUGAUGUGUUUAAGUUUGUUUGUGACUGUCUGAAUGUAAGGCAGAACUGGAAGAAAAACCAAGUUCAAUAAAACAAUAAAAGUUCAAGCCACCAAAAAG